AUGCUCCGAAAUCCCAGUUUGUUUUUAGCUCACGAAGACGUCUCCGAAUGGUACUGUCUACAUCGAACGUGUCACCUACAACAAAAGUCUGAACGAGGCAUAAAAAUAUCUAAUCAACAAGUUCCUUGGGAACCGCCAAUUAGUCUCUAUAGUUCAAACGCUCGGAUUCUGGCCGAAUCAAUUGAGAUUGCCAGUUAUUCACCUUCCAGAAGGCAUCAAGUUGGAUGUUCAAGCGUUUGGAACUUUUGGAAAUCUUUCAAACGUUUUGGAACGAGCCGAAAAUCUUCUGGAGCAUCCCAACCGCCCUUUGGCUCGUCUGGAGACGGUCUCUAUGAAAUUGGAGGAGUUUCAGCAUUCGAUAGUUCAAAACGCCCACGUUUUAGUGUUAUCCCACCUUUCGGCCAUAGAUGUUUAACCCGCCGAUGUGAACCUCUCAAGGACACAUUGCUCAUUCUUCAGCGACCACUGUAUGACUCUCAUUCGCACAUCUUCUUUGUGCUGACGUCUCUACAUGAGACAAUUAUUGAUUUUCCGUUGCUAGUCACCCUCUUCGAUUUUCACCGAUGCCCUGACUCUCGCGUUAUGGUAAAUGGUCCAUUGUUUUGUCUGCCUUAA